AUGGUAGAAUACGUUUUAGUUUGUUUUGAUUAUUGUUGCUUAGAUGCGAAACAAAAUACUCUUAAGGUAUUCAUGAACACAUUUUAUGGUACGGCUGGAGAUAGCAAGUCUCCUUUCUUCUUGCGUGAACUUGCUGGAGGUGUCACUUCAGCCAGACAGAGAAAUAUCAAACUUGUUGUGGAUUUUGUCAAGAGAAAGGGAUUCGGGAUCAGUAAUAGGAUCUCAAAAGAAGAAUAUUGGUCUCGAAUGGUGGAAAUCUCUAUGGUGGAAAUGGAAAAACUUCGCAUUGAAGUUAAUGUCUUUCUCAAGGAAGAUAAUGGAUCAUCUUAUCUUAAAAUGGCAUAUGAGAAAGUUUUAUUUCCAGUAUUAUUUGCUGGAAAGAAAAAAUAUUAUGGUAUCCCGCAUGAAAGCAAACCAAACUUUAAUAAAAAGCUUUUCAUCUGGGGAGUUGAAACUGUAAAAUGGGAACAGUCUAAGGAUAUGCUCAAAGAAACUAUAAGGGAUAUUUCACAGAUAAAUCUUAAUAGAGUGGUUAAAACCAUUGUGUGGAGGCCAGAUAAAAAUAACAAGAGUUUGAGAAUAAUUCAUCAAAAAGAGUGGGAGGAUAAAAUGGAGUACCCAGAAGUAGCAAGACAACUUAGUAAAAAAAUCAAUAUUAGCUAUUAUCUGAAUAGUGUUGUUAGCCUCUAUACGCGAUUUAUUAACUAUGAUGAAUUAUUCCAACCACCAUCUGAAAUUGUGCUGGGGGUCUUAAAAAAGUUAAAAGAUGGUAAUAAAGCAG